GACCGUUUGUUGGCAGCCUACUUCGUAAACUAUCUCUAGACUUUUCCAAACAAACGAUUUUUUGUCUCAUCUUCCACAACCAUACUGGACAGAUUCGCGAUGCCAUCCCUACGCAAUAUACCCCAGCCUGGCCUGUUCUGGGAAUAUGCUUCGAAUUCCCCGCACAAACAGCCGAUGUGGACGACUGAGCCGUGCAUCGAUACCAUCCGAAACCUCGCAAUUGAACAUCUGGGUAUCGACGGCGAAUGCAAGGUCACCCCGAUGGAAGAAAAGCGCGAUGACAUAAGGAGCAAGAAACUUUUCCGGAUCGAAUGCGAGCGAGGCAGCUUCAUCUUCAAAGCCAUGCUUCCUCUUGCGCCUCAGUCAAAGACUUUGAGUGAAGUAGCGACGCUCUCAUUCGUUCAAGGGAAAACCAGCAUUCCUGUUCCUAAAGUCAUCGCUUACGAUGCGAACCUGAACAAUAGCCUAGGCUUCGAGUGGGUCCUACUAGGAGGUGUCGACAACUUUCACCGCCGACUGGACGAUUCCUGGCGCGAGCUUUCUCGGCUCCAAAAGCAUCAACUCAUCGGUCAGAUCGCAGACUAUGUUGUGCAGCUAAUGCAAGUCGAGCUUUCAGGCAUCGGUAGUGUGUUUCGCUACAACCUGAGAAGCCACAGUUCCGAAGCCCCAGAAGACUUCACCUACGUCACUGGCGAAGUAGUCUCACCUGAGUUCUUCAGAGAGAACCGUAUUCAGCUCGCCCUCCAUCGCGGUCCAUACCAAACCAGCUCUGAGUACAUCGCCGCCCACAUGGAGUUUCUGAUGCACGAAAACGCUGCCAUGCGCACUUCCAGCAACGCCGCGGUCCAAGCACAAGCAACCCGCACCCUCAGGAUCGCGCACAAGAUCAACAUGGUGGUAGAAAAACUCUUUCCUUCCUUUGACGCAGAACCUACCUUCAUUAAGCCGAACCUUGAUAAGUGCAAUAUCUACAUCGACGCGUCCGACAGCCUCGCCGGCAUCCUGGACCGGUCCUCCGUUACCGCAGUUCCACUGUGGGCCUUUUGCGACACGCCCUGCUUCCUCGACGGCGCGGCGUUGAACCCCUAUCUCGAGCUCGUUAUCGAGCUUCUGCUCCCUGUUGAGGAGCGGAGGCAAGUGGAGCGAGUCGAGGAGCACGAGAACGAGCAGCUUCGCAGCCUCUUCGUGCAGCAAAUGCGGGAACUUGCGCCGAAGUGGGCAGCGUCGUAUGAGAAGGAUAAUUUGGAGAGGGAUGUGCUUGUUGCGGUUGAUUAUGCGGAUGAGGGAAUGUAUGGAAGGCGGGUGAUGGGGUGGUUGAAUUGUGUGUUGGAGGGCAGGGUGCCGAGGAGGGGACUAGCGGCUGCGAUUAGCAAUCCGUUUCCGAGGAAUCAAGAGGAUACUGAGGCGUAUCAAAGGGGCGAGGAGCUGGUAGAGGCUGCAGAUGUGGAGUAGCGGAGGAGUGGGCGCGGGA